AUGCCAACGAAAGCUAAGAAGAAAACUCAAAAUUCACUUUUUGAUACAGAAGAGCAGGGCAAAGCAGGUACUGCAGUAUACGACGAAAGCAAGAUAAAAACUCUAGGUUCGCUAGAACAUAUACGCUUGCGUUCGGGUAUGUACAUAGGAAGAAUAGGAGACGGAAGCAACCUAAACGAUGGUGUAUAUAUCCUUAUAAAAGAAAUAAUAGACAACAGCAUAGACGAAUACAUUAUGGGGUAUGGCAAACAAAUACGCAUACUUUAUGAUAAAAAAAGCAGAAUGCUAUCUAUAAGAGAUUACGGUAGAGGCAUACCUUUUGGCAAGCUUAUAGAAUGUGUAUCGGUAAUCAAUACCGGAGCUAAGUAUAAUAAUGAAGUAUUUCAGUUUAGCGUUGGUCUUAACGGAGUAGGAACAAAGGCCGUAAACGCCCUUUCUUCUCAUUUUAAGGUAUGCUCUUUUCGAGACAAGCGCUAUGCAUCAGCUGUGUUCUCUCAAGGGAAACGCAUAAAAGAAACAAAGGGAAGCACAGAAGAAAAAGACGGCACCUAUGUUGAAUUUAUUCCUGAUGCAGAAAUUUUCCAAACAUAUACCAUAGACCUUGAUAUUCUUGCAUCUCGUAUAUGGAAUUACGCAUACCUUAAUCCAAAACUUACCCUUACAUUGAAUGGAGAAACACAUAUCUCUCAAAAGGGUUUGGUGGAUUUGCUCGAGCAAGAAGUGGGUGACAAAUCGCUCUAUCCAGUUCUAGGGAUACGAGACUCUCAGUUAGAGUUUUCCUUUACACAUACACAUAGCGAAAACCUGCUAAGUUUCUCUUUUGUAAACGGCCAGUAUACGGCAGAUGGUGGCACACAUCAAAGCGCCUUCCUAGAGGGAUUACUGCGCGGGAUAAACGGGUUUUACAAUAAAAAUUACAACUCUGGCGAUCUAAGAGAAGGGCUGGUAUCGGCAAUAUCAAUAAAGCUAGAAAAUCCAAUCUUUGAAAGCCAAACUAAGAAUAAGCUAGGAAACACUGAAAUACGCCAGGGUAUAGUAAAGCAAGUACACGACUGUGUGGUAGACCUCUUGUUUCGCAACACUGGCGUUGCUAAAGUAGUAGCCGAAAAACUCGAACAAAACCAAAAACUCCGGCGAGAACUGUUAUCAGUACGAAAAGAAGCGCGGGAAGCCGCAAAAAAAGUAUCGCUAAAAGUACCUAACUUUAGAGACUGCAAAUACCAUCGCGAUCAUGCAGAACAUGGGCCUGCUACAGUUAUUUUUAUUACCGAGGGGCACUCUGCCACCGGGUCCAUGAUACCUUCCCGAAAUGUGUACAACCAGGCAGUAUUUUCCUUAAGGGGAAAGCUUAGUAAUAUGGUGCAGGGUGAUCGCAGAAAAAUCUACAAAGAUUCUGAACUCUAUAAUCUUAUGGUUGCAUUGGGAAUAGAAAGCAACAGUGAUGAUCUGCGCUUUGAAAAAAUAAUUAUCGCAACAGACGCCGAUUUUGAUGGGUUUCAUAUUCGCAACUUAAUCAUUACAUUUUUUCUUACAUUCUUCGAAUCCCUUGUAGUAAAAGAACACCUGUAUAUCUUAGAAACUCCGCUUUUUAGGGUACGAAAUAAAACCUCACUGCGCUACUGCUAUUCUAAAGAGGAGCGUGAUGUAGCUAUGCGCGACAUUGCACACGCCGAAGUCACACGCUUUAAGGGUUUGGGAGAAAUCUCUCCCCACGAAUUUGGCCAGUUCAUUGGUAAGGACAUGAAAUUAGAAUCUGUUCGGGUAAAGAAGAUAAAAGAUAUUCCCAACCUACUACAGUUCUAUAUGGGAAAGAAUACAGAUGAGCGCAGAGAAUUUAUGAAAGAACAUUUACUAUAA